CGUUCGCGGUUCCUUGUUGAGCCGCUGCCGAAGAAACCCGAGUGCAGCUCUCGCGAAAAAAGUUAAAUGUGUUUUUAUGCGUUUUUGCAUGUUACCAAUUAUUGUCUGACAAACAUUCAUUUUAACUGCUCUGUUGCUGGACUGGGAGCCUUUGAAAGGUGGCAGCAGGCAGGCAGGCAGGCAGGCUGGGCUCCGUUUUGACGACGCUCAAAAAAAGUCCGCGGGGAAGUUCCCCAGGAAAUCCCCGGUCGGGGAUAUUAUUCUCGACACUGAUGCGCCAAAUCUCCGGUAGAAUUUACCUCCUCGGUGCAUUUCUGAAAGACACGGGGUGAGAGGCAGAGGCGUCAAUGCUGAGUGAUUAUUAUUAAAAGACCCGAUCGGUGUGUUUAGUCUACUGAAAGUCCGCCAUGGAUAGCGCCAGUAUAAGCUCUGAGGGUGACGCGCUGCUGCGGGAGAAAACGCGGAGCUUCGGCGUGCUGAACACCCUGUAUCAUGAGACGAGGGGGGAAAUGGAGCUCCUCAACAAGCAGAUCUACCUAAAGGACAAUAUUAUUGCAGACUUAAAGACAAGGCUGGCUAGACAUGAGAGGAUCUACAUGACGGUGGGAGAUGACGAGCCUGUGGUCAUCGGUCCGGCCAACUCCUUGGUGGAAAGCCUGCUGACAGAGAUCUGCAAGCUGAAACAGAAGAGAAGCGACAUGGAUCUCAAAGCAGCCCGACAAGCAGAGGAGAUCCAGAGGCUGAAUGCACAGAUCAGGGAGAAGGAGCUGGAGCUGGAGAGGAUCCGGUGUCAGCCGGACCAUGAAAAGGACCAGGAGAUCCAGAGGCUGCGGGUGGCCCUGGAGGAGAGGGAGCAGGCCGCAGCUACCAGGACUGUCCUCUGCUCGUCGCUGGCCGAGGAGGCCGACCAGCUGCGCGGCCAGCUUGGAGCGACCGUCAAGGUGUGCCAGAAGCUGCUGGGCAGGCUGGAGAAGAAGGGAAGAGGAGGAGAAGUAGAGGAGCUGUCCCAGCAGCAGAACGCCAAGGAGACACCAGACCUCUCUGACUUGAAUGCUGCUAAAUCCCAAAUCCGCCAGUUUCAGGAAGAAAAUCAGCAACUGAAGCAGCGCGUGGCUUACGUGCAAGAUCUAAACUCCCAGUGGCAGAAGUACGACACAAGCAGGGAAGAAUACAUCCGGGCUUUGUGUCAGAGGCUGAAGGAGAGCUCUGGGCAGGGCCUGAGCCUGGUGAUGCUCCAGCAGGAGAUUUCCAGACUCAACUCCUUACUGGACGAGAAAAUCAGGGAGUGUUCAAGGUUGGAUAGAGAUAUGGAGGACAUAAGGAGGCAAAGCCAUGAGCGAAUACAGACACUGGAGCAGCAGGUCCUUAUCUACACAGAAGACUUUAAGUCGGAGCGAGCAGACAGAGAACGAGCUCAGGGUCAGAUUGCAGACCUGAAGGAGCAGAUUUCUCAGUUAAAGCAGCAGCUUUACAAACAGCAGGGAGCCAGUAGGGAGAGCAGAGACGUGGUCCCCUUGUGUCGUGUCCACAUUGGACACAGGAUCUCCCCAAGGCGAAAUAAGGACUCCUCGGAGCCUCUGUUGAGGACUGCUCCUGAAAGGGAGCAGCCAGCCGCUCCACCACCACCAGCUACAGCAUCGGCAGCUACCGUAGCAACAAACUGGAGGGAAUGCCCGGGCCACUCAGAGUUACAAUGUCCGCAGUGCCACGCCAGGUUCAAUGACACUGAGGCUGCAGAGUGCAUGAAGCAUUUAGAGGAGUGCGCCCGGCUAUGAGAGCGAUGCUCUGGUACCGAACACUGCAGACCAGCACUACAACACAGAAAAACCACCGGGUUGGACGUACAAUUUCGUGACUACAAACGAAACAACUGACUUAAGAUUCUUUCACAUAAUGACGCAAAACCCAAAGUUCCCUUGUUGUAACCCUUUCUGAGUCUGCAUGAAAACCCAUCUUGAGAGCUAUAUAUACUGUAUGUGUGUGUGUGUGUAUGUGUAUAUAUAUCUAUCUGUAUAUAUAUAUAUAUAUAUAUAUAUAUAUAUAUAUACCUGUAUGUGUGUGUGUAUGUGUAUAUAUAUCUAUCUGUAUAUAUAUAUAUAUACCUGUAUGUGUGUGUGUGUAUAUAUAUAUCUAUUUAUAUAUAGAUGUAUAUAUAUACAUGCAGUAUAUAUAAUAUGAAAUACCUCAUGGUUAAAUUACAAACUUGCUGCACUUUCUUUACAUUUAACCAAAAACCUAUCGUAGGAUUGUACGAUUAAGAGAUGACUAAGCUUCUUCCUUUGGAUCUAGACACCUACGUAUUUGUUCAUGUGGUGCUAUUAUCAUUAUCAUUAUUAAUAUUAUUAUUUUUAUUGGACUUACUAUUUUUCUUUGACAAAAUAUAUAUUUUCAAGGGCAGAUGUAAAAUAUAUAAGUGUAAUGCCAUAUAGAUAUUUAUUCUCCUUGUAUAUUCUAAGUGGAAGACACAAAUCAUUUUAGUGCAAUGACCUGUUCUUGUGUUUCCAACUUAGGCCAUAACAUACAUAUAACGUUUUGUAAACGUUUGGGAUCAAAAAGGUGUAAAAUAUAUUACAGCAAGACAAAAUGUAUGUGAUCAAACCUUUGAAACUGUUUAUUUGUAAAGACUGCAUCCAAGCUGACAACAUAGAUGUUUUUCUGUAGAUGGCUUAGUAUUUUUGUAAUAAAACCCUGCUGACAGGCA